CUUUGAAGCAUCUACAUACUCAAGAGACAAAGCUACAGCCAUGGAAAAGACUGCACAUCAACACAAUGAUACCCCAGCACUGACAAAAUCAAAAAAAUCAAAGUCUAGGAAGAACAUCAACCACUUCACAGAUGUGCACGGUCUUCCUUGCAUUGAGAAGAUUGUGAGCUCUGUGGAGGACACCCCGGAGCCCAUCAACACCGUAAUCACUGGCAAAAUCCCAGAAUGGAUUAAUGGGAGUUUCUUGAGAAAUGGCCCUGGGAAGUUCGAGAUCGGAAACAACAAGUUGAACCACUGGUUUGAUGGCAUGGCUCUCCUGCACCAGUUCAGAAUUUCAGAGGGUCAGGUGACUUACAAAAGCCGCUUCCUGGCCAGCGACAGUUACCAGGCCAACAAGGAGUACAACCGCAUUGCGGUGUCAGAAUUUGGGACUGUCACAAUGCCAGACCCAUGUAAGAACUUCUUCCAGCGUUUCCUGUCAAGAUUUGAAUUACCAAAGCCCACAGAUAAUGCCAAUGUGAGCUUUGUGACCUACAAAGGUGAUUAUUAUGUUAGCACGGAAACCAACGCCAUGCACAAGGUGGACCCAGAGACACUUGAGACGACCAAAAAGGUGGACUGGAGUAAAUUUAUUGCUGUGAAUGGUGCCACUGCCCACCCUCACACUGAGCCUGAUGGAACAACGUACAACAUGGGAAAUUCUUACACCACAAAAGGAGCAUACUACAACAUCAUCCGAGUUCCCCCUACCAAGCAAGUACCAGAGGAAACCCUGGAGGGAACCAAGGUGCUCUGCUCUAUUCCUUCUGUGGACAAGACCAAACCCUCCUACUACCACAGCUUUGCAAUGUCUGAGAACUACGUGGUGUUCAUUGAGCAGCCCAUCAAGAUGGACCUGUUGAAGAUUGUGACAGGCAAGCUGACAGGGAAGAGCAUCAGUGACAGCUUCCUCUGGGACCCCAAGCUCAACACUAUCUUCCACCUGAUUCACAAGCAGACAGGGAAGGUAAGCUCUGUCAAGUACCAUGCCAAGGCACUGUCAACCUUCCACCAGAUCAAUGCCUAUGAGGAGGAUGGCUUCUUAAUCAUGGAUAUGUGUGCUUCAGAUGAUGGCCAGGCAAUCACGAACUACAAUGUCCAGAACCUCCGCAAGUCUGGAGAAGCUCUUGAUGAGGUGUACAACACUUUGUGCAGAGUCUUCCCACGCCGUUUCGUUCUGCCUCUCACCGUGGACCAUAAUACGCCCUUCGACCAGAACUUGAACACCUGGGCCAACAGCACAGCCACUUCUAUAAGGACUGAAGAGAACAAGGUCUUCUGUACCCAUGAGGACCUCCAUGGGGAUGACCUUCAUCAAUAUGGAGGUCUGGAGUUCCCUCAGAUCAACUAUGGCAAAUACAACACCCACCCAUACCGCUACUUCUAUGGCUGCGGCUUCAGACACCUUGUAGGAGACACACUGAUCAAGAUGGAUCUCAACGGGAAACAGAUGAAGGUGUGGGAACAACCUGGUCUAUAUCCGUCUGAACCAAUCUUCGUACCUUCUCCUAAUGCCACAGAGGAGGAUGAUGGUGUCAUCUUAUCUGUGGUCAUCACUCCAAACAAGGACAAGAGUACAUUCCUCCUGGUUUUGGAUGCCAAAACCUUCAAGGAGCUGGGCAGGGCUGCAGUACCUGUAAACAUCCCCUAUGGUUUCCAUGGGACAUUCAAUGCCACAGCAUAGAUAUAUAAAAGUAGAAAAACUGUUGAUGAGGAACUGACCUCAUCUGUAUAGACGGAAGUCAAGGCAGAAGUCAAACACUAUAUAAAUAUUGUCUGUGACACAUUUUGCGAACGUCGAGGUCACUACCCCGAUAUAAAUGUAUUGUAUAAGGGGACUUUGAAUGGAAAGGUGAAAACAAAACCAAAGCUAGUUUAUCAGUAUUAUAGCUGUAUUAUUGUUGUUGUGCUGUGUUGAAAACUUGUUGUAAAUACGUUGUUUUUUCUAUACUCUUUCGAAUUAAGAAUUUAAAAAAUGGGGUAAGCAAGGGCAAAAAUAAUUUUGAUAUGCUUUUCAGCUAGUCUAUACAAUUCACUGUGACUGCAAUGAACACCUUUACACAACAAAAAUGUUCAGAUUCAGCUCACUCUUUUAUGACUAUUUUAUGAGAACUAGACAUUGAUACGGAUACGUAAAUACACUCUUUGCACAAUUUGUUGGGAGAAGUGAUGCUAAUUUAAUGACUGUGAAAAACUUAAGGAGAAUGUAUGCUUCUAAAUGCAUGAGUGAAAC